AUGAGACCCCAACCUAUGGAACGGAGAUCAACCCUGAAGCGGUCAAUCGAUGAAACCAGUUUCAUGGAGACGCCUUCGAGUCCCUCCAAACGCUCUCGCGUGACCUUUGAUUCCGACGUCGAGAUUGUGUCCGCAGACGAUGAUGAGGACCUGGAUCCCCUGGUGGUCAAAGAGCAAGUGCGGAGAGCCAUUGAAAGACAUCGGUUUAGAGAAGACGAGGCAUACGAGCGUGUCAAAGGCUAUUUCAAUUCCUCCCCGGACAAACCAAACGCACCGUCCACCAAGGUGCUCAAAUUUCACCUUCAGGCUCUCCUGGCCAAUGUCACGUCACUCGACAAAGACUGCAGCGGCUUGGUCGAUGCAGUGCUGAAUAGCGAGUGGGUAGGACGGGAUGAUCAGUACUAUGCAAUUUUUGUCAGAUUCCUCAACAACCUGGCUGCGGCGCAACGCGGCUAUCAGCGCAAGAUCAUGUCGGUCCUGGUUGACCUUUUGGGACCUCAAAAGACACGGCGCAUCGACAGCUCAACCCCCGUCAGACAACCAAAGAUCCAUCGACGAGUUCUGCAAGCCAUCCAACACAUCACCGUCAAUGUCCCUUCAUCACCUGCCGCUCUUGCCGAUCGUGUCGCUUCCCGACUCCAGUUCGAUUUUCAGAAGGCUGAGGAGCGCUUGACCUACAUACGAAAUUUUAUGGAGAUGAUCAAAUAUGUGCCCGAGCUCACAUCCGAGAUUCUGACAUGUGUCUUGCGAGAACUCAUCAAGCUGGACGUUUCGGUUCAGGUUGAUCUCGAUGAUGAAGAGGAGGAUGUCGAAGACGAUUUACUUAACCACAUGUCGUCUUCGCAAACACUGGUUGCACGCUCAUCUCAGGACAUGAUGGCCGGCGGGCUCGAUGAUCAAAGUGAUGAUCUAAGCACCAGUGAUGAAUCCGAGAUGGAUGAAGACGAAGACACUGACCCAGCUGUCGCUCGUCGCCGUAAACUGAAGGAGGAUAUCAAGCAGAUUGACCUGAUUAUGGACAUUCUGUUCCAAUACUACGCCAAACUCACCACUUCUGCCGCCCUCCAAACCCGCGAUAAUGCUGUUGAGCAGCUUAUCUCUCAAUUUCACACUCACAUCCUUCCGACAUAUCGGGCGCGGCAUCCGCAGUUCUUGGUCUUCCACUUCGCCCAAGCCGAUCCUAUCAUUGUCGAUCGCUUCGUCACAUCCUGUGUCGCUGUUCUUGUCGAUAAGAAACAACCGCAUCUCCUUCGACACAGCGCCGCCGCCUACUUUUCGGGAUUUGUCGGCCGUGGUGCCCAUGUCUCGCCGCAGGUGGUGCACGACUGCUUGGAUCUGCUCUGCGACCAUCUGACCAUCUUGCGAAAGUCAUACGAGCCCACUUGUCGCGGUCCCGACCUGAAACGCUAUGGCGAUUUCUAUGCCGCCUUCCAAGCAAUCCUGUACAUCUUUUGCUUCCGCUGGCGAGACAUCGCCUCUGCCAACUCCGACGACGAAUCUGACAUUGACGUCGAUGAGGAUGAGGCCGAGACGUACCAUUUUGCCGAGUCACUCCGUGAGUCACUUCGGGCGGCGAUCUACUCCCCACUCAACCCAUUGCGCGUCUGCACCCCGGUCAUUGUCGAGCAAUUUGCCAAGCUGACGCACGCCUUGCAAUUAUUCUACGUAUAUCCGAAGCUUGAAGAGAAUAGACAUGUGCGGGUUACUGGCCACUGGCGCGGCGUGUCCGAUUUGACCAUCAGCAAUCCAGACCGGGAUUUGAGUUGGGUUGGAGACAAUGGGAUGUUGGAGGGGUAUUUCCCGUACGACCCGUACCACUUGCCCAUCAGCAAGCAUUGGAUCGAGGGAGAUUACGUGGAGUGGAAAGGCAUUCCUGGGGAGGAGGCCGAGGACACGGAUUCUGAAGAUGAUGCAGGUAUGGAUGUUGGGGGGGUUGACGAGGAUGACGAUCUUGAUCACGACUCAGACGAUGAGUGA